ACAUACAGUCCCGCGCUUACAAUUUUUGAAUUGAAACUCUUUUUCUUUUGAGCACCUACCUACCUUGUGUUUGUUAAAAUGCCCAUGAGAAUAACUGAUGCAGAGGAGGAGGAGGGCCUUUAUCCCAUUAAUGAAAAGACAAUUAAAAUCAAAGGGAGUUUGAGAAUCAUCAUAAUGGUAAUGAUUGUUGGAGUAGUUGGAUUAUUAUUAGCACAUGACUCAAUUAAUUUUGCUACUUUGAGGGAGACGAAGGACCUUAGUAUAAAACAAACAAAUGCAGGUUGUCAAUUCCCGGCCAUUUUUAACUUUGGUGACUCUAAUUCUGAUACUGGUACUGAAUCAGCCGCCUUUGGAAGGCUUCCUCUUCCUUUUGGGCAGACUUUCUUUGGUAAACCGUCUGGACGCAGGUGUGAUGGGCGUCUCAUUAUUGAUUUUAUAGCUGAGAGACUUAGAAUGCCAUAUCUGAGUGCAUACUUGGAUUCGAUUGGUUCAAACUUUCGGCACGGGUCAAACUUUGCAUCAAGUGGAUCCUCUAUAAUGGAAAUGCCUUGUACAAACCAACUACUCGAUCUCGGUACACAACUUCGUCAGUUUCAACAAUUCAAACAACGAAUUGCUGAAUCACACCACCAAGGAGGAAACUGGUUGUAUCUAAGAAAUUUCCUUCCACGACGUCAGGAUUUCUCCAAGGCACUUUACAUAAUUGACUCCGGCCAGAAUGACUUGUAUUAUGCUUUAAAGUGGAAAACGGAAAAGCAAGUCAAGGCAAACAUUCCCAACAUAAUUGAUCACAUUGGUUUGGUUAUUGAAACACUCUACCAAGAAGGGGCACGAAUAUUUUGGAUUCACAACACAGGCCCCAUAGGUUGUUUGCCUAUAAUGGUUAAGAACAAUCCUCCAAAACAUGGAAAUUCCGACCAAAAUGGUUGUUUGGUUUCGUAUAAUGAAUUGGCAAAGGAUUUCAACAGUCAUCUUCUAGACAAAAUCAUCAAACUCAGGACCCAAAUACAAGACGCUUUGAUAAUCUAUGUAGACAUAUACUCAGCCAAGUACUCACUCAUUAACCAAGCCAAAAAGCUUGGUUUUAUGGAUCCCUUGCAGUCCUGUUGUGAGCCUUUGAAAGGUGGGAUUCUCUUAAAUGAGAUUGAAAAUAAGAGAGAUAAUGUGAUCGAGUCGCAUGGAAGUUGCUGCAGUAAUCCCUCGGAAUACAUUGCCUGGGACUCCAUCCACUACACAGAAGCUGCGAACCAGUGGGUUGCUAACUUCAUAAUGAGCGGUUCUUUCUCCGACCCACCAAUAGCUGUCACUGAAGCAGCUUGUGCAAAUCAGACACGGGGAACCCAAAACCUGAAAGUAGAGGAAAAACAGCGAAAUGCGAGAUUGGGGUCCUUUCUGAAUUGAGGUGGAGAAUUUGUUAAUAAAUUGGGCUUUGCAAUGCAGUUAUCCUCGUAAGUAUCCUUUUUGUUGUACAUAGUUGAGUGAAAAUUUAGAAAAGGCUAAGGUUUCCUUUAAUGAUUAAUAAUUGUAUCUUGUUAACUUAAAUUUAGAGUUAACUUUUUUUUUUAUAUGCAUAUACUUAAUUAAAC